CUGAAUGGCCAGGGUCGUCGAGAGGCGCCGAACUGAAGAGCCGCCAAGUCUUAGUGAUCAUUGGCCUUUCUCUGCCACAACCAUCUAUGCCUAUUACUUCAUCUCCAAACUAGACUAUUUACUGUUUUGUCAUUUGCCAUUCCGUGUGAUGUCAAGAAAUCUCCUGAUCCUGGCUGACACAUCUCUUGCAAAAGCCUACCUGACAGCUAAAGAAAAGUGGUCUCAUAUGCAAGAUGCUCGAGCUUGAAGAGGAUUGUUUGCUACCUUUGGAUGCUUUGUUUUUUGAAAAGCCUUCAUCUGAGGAAGUGAAACUUAUUAAUCAAGAAAAGACAAGUUGGAAGAUAGCUCCAGCUCCAUCCAUUUCUGAAAUACCUGCAGCUCAUGACUUACAGAGAGAUCUUGAAAGAUUAAGAUCUUCAGGCAUCCAUCAGUCACAAAGAAGGAGAUUUGUGCCUCCUUUAAAGAAGAAAGCUGAAGAUGAAUGCCAAUCACAAAUGGUUUUUGAUUGCCAAUAUAUGCAUGCCCCUAUCAAACAUAAAACAUUUGAAAUAGCGUUAAAUAACUCCCUCAAAGAUCAAUCUCAGCUUAGGUUCAGAAGUGACAAUUCUGUUCUUUCAACUACCCUGUUAAAUGACAACAGUAAAGGUCACAGCAGACAUCAACAUGAAGAGACAUUUGAUAAUUUGAAUUGUCUUACUACUUCACAUCAUAAAGCUGAGGCGAAGGAUGAAAGUGCUCCUUCUUUGUCCAGAAAAAGAUGCAACUGGAAGGAGUUCAGGAACAUUGAGGGCAGUUACUGAAAUUCCUGUACAAUUCAGGAACGUUUUCAAAGAAUUUCCUUACUUCAACUACAUACAAUCAAAAGCAUUAGAUGAUCUUCUUUACACAGAGAAGAACUUUGUGAUUUGUUCCCCAACUGGUUCUGGAAAGACUGUACUAUUUGAACUCGCCAUUGUCAGAUUACUGAUGCAAGUUCCAAAGCCAUGGUCUAAUAUAAAAAUUGUAUACAUGGCUCCAAUCAAAGCUUUAUGUAAUCAGCGAAGUGAAGAUUGGAAAGAAAAGUUUGGACCUAUUGGACUGAACUGUAAAGAACUAACUGGAGACACAGAGAUGGAUGACUAUUUUGAAAUUCAGGACACUCAUAUUAUCAUAACUACUCCCGAAAAAUGGGACACCAUGACGAGAAAAUGGAGAGAUAAUUCAUUAGUACAGCUUGUGAGACUUUUCCUUAUUGAUGAGGUACAUGUUGUGAAAGAUGAAUGUCGUGGUGCAACUCUUGAAGUUGUAGUCAGCCGAAUGAAAACAGCUCAGUUAGCUGUCUCACGUAUGUCUAAUCAGUUCAAUGAUAAGGCACUGAGAUUUGUAGCAGUUUCUGCAACAAUUCCUAAUGUUGAGGAUAUUGCAGAAUGGUUAUCAGAUGGAAAAGGACCAGGAACUGCCACGAAGAUAGAUGAAAGCUUUCGACCAGUAAAGCUCCGCAAAGUUGUACUUGGAUUUCCUUGCUCCAGUACUCAAACUGAAUUCAAGUUUGACCUAUCACUUAAUUACAAAAUGGCUAACAUUAUACAGACAUAUUCUGAGCAGAAACCUGCUCUGGUGUUUUGUGCUACAAGGAAAGGUGUGCAACAGGCUGCAUCCGUACUUGCAAAGGAUGCCAAAUUCGUCAUGACCCCAGAUCAUAAGCAAAGGUUGCAAAAAUAUACAAACUCAAUAAAGGAUUCAAAGCUUAGAGAUCUGUUAAUAUAUGGAGUUGGUUAUCAUCAUGCUGGUAUGGAUGUAUCCGAUAGAAAAGCGACUGAAGCUGCUUUCACUGCAGGAGAUGUACCAGUACUUUUUACUACUAGCACUUUGGCUAUGGGAGUAAAUUUACCAGCCCAUUUAGUGGUAAUUAAAUCGACAGUGCAUUACGCAGGAGGAAUGUUUCAAGAAUACAGUGAAACGGAUAUACUUCAAAUGAUGGGCCGAGCUGGUCGACCUCAGUUUGACACAACAGCCACAGUAGUUAUCAUGACAAGGACCCAAACUAAGGACAAGUACACACAGAUGUUAGAUGGAGUACAUACCAUUGAGAGCAGUUUACACAAGCAUCUUGUUGAACAUUUGAAUGCUGAAAUAAUACUGAAUACAAUCACUGAUGUCAAUGUUGCUUUGGAGUGGAUACGAUCAACAUUUCUUUACAUAAGAGCUUUUAAAAAUCCAAACCACUAUGGUUUUUCUACUGGACAAGGUAGAGCUGGAUUUGAAGCCAAGUUACAAGAAUUAUGCUUGAAGAAUUUACAUGCUUUGUCUUCUAUUGGUUUGAUAAAAAUGGAUGAAGAGAUCAAUUUCAAGCCGACAGAAACUGGGAGACUAAUGGCUCGUUAUUGCAUUGCUUUCGACACAAUGAAACUUUUCUACUUGGUCACUGGAAACGAAACUUUAAAUGAACUGGUAAGAUUAAUCUGCAACUGCAAGGAAUUUACUGAUGUUCAACUCAGAGUGAACGAAAAGAAGAUUCUGAACACACUGAAUAAAGACAAGAAUAGAAUUACCAUCAGGUUCCCUUUAGAAGGAAAGGUAAAAACAAAUGAAAUGAAAGUAAAUUGCCUAAUUCAAGCCCAACUAGGAUGCAUUCCAGUUCAAGAAUUUACAUUGACUCAAGACAUAGCCAAGAUUUUUAAGUGUGGUGUGAGAGUUACGAAAUGCCUUUCGGAAUUGCUUAUGCAACAAGAAAAACAGAACUUUAUGGCACUAUUGAAUGCAGUGAUCUUAGCCAAAUGUUUUAGGGCUAAACUUUGGGAGAACUCUACAUAUGUCUCCAGACAACUUGAGAAGAUUGGUCCUACUUUGUCCAAUGCGAUGGUAAAUGCAGGCCUUACUACAUUCCAGAAGAUAGAAGACACAAAUGCAAGAGAAUUAGAGCUGAUUGUAAACAGACAUCCUCCUUUUGGAAAUCAAAUAAGAGAAUCUGUUCUUCAUCUCCCAAAGUAUGAGCUCAGUGUUGAACAGCUUGCAAGAUACCAUGAUUCAGUGGCAGAAAUCAUUGUGAAAAUUACCUUAACAAAUUACCAACAACUAUGGGAAAAGAGAACAGCACCUGACAAUCACCACGUUUCUCUAAUCAUAGGAGAUGCAGACAACCAAGUUGUUUAUAAACAGAAAAUCAUAGAUUCAGCCCUGCUGAAAUCAGGAAGCUGGAUGAAGAAAAUUGAAGUUAAAAGGGCCUUCAAAGGUGAAGAAUUAAGUGUUAAUCUUAUAAGUUCUGAAUAUGUUGGUUUGGACAUUCAGCAGAAGUAUUCAGUCUUUUAUUCAGGGCCAAAGAGGUUUGGAGCUCAUAUUGUUCAUGAAAAGUCUGAUGUACAGCAGUCGCAAUCAGCUGAACAGAAAAGGACAGCAAGUCCAUUAAUGUUUCCCACUAUUAAUGCAGUUCAGGGUUCUACCAAUGAACGAAGCUACACAGAACCUGGAAAAAGACAUUGUAAUCAUUACUGCAAAAAUAAAGACAAGUGUGGUCAUGAAUGUUGUAAAUUUGGAGUAUUGGUUGGUAGGAGCUCCAUAACACCUCAACCAACAACAAAUUUUUCUUCCUAUCUCAAUGAUCUUAAAAGUAGAAGCGAGACUUCAUCAGCUCCAUCAAUUAAACGAUUAAAGAUACAGACAAUGAAUGAAAUAGGGCCAGUAAAUCUUCAACACUUUGCUUACACAAAGAAAGCUCCAUUGUCAACAUUACCGAGGUACUAUGAAACAAACCUUGAUCCAGAAGCUCAGGUACAAAACCAGAAUAAUUUAGACAUCAACGUAAGAAGCUGUCACAAACAACAACCACAAUAUUAUAAUGAAGCUCCUUCACAACAGAAUUCAACUGUGUUUCCAUCACACCAAACUUCUGUAGAAUCUUUCAGUUUCAACUCUACUGAUGCAAAUGAGAGUGAUUAUUGGUCGCCAGAAGAGAUGAAUGUGAAUUUUGACCUAGGAGAUGACUUAUGGAAUGACUUUGAUGAUGAGAAGUUAGUAAAUGCAAGCAAUUCUAUUUGUUCAGAGGAAAUGAACAUUAAUGAACAUUAUCAAACAGAGUACAAUCAGUUGUCUGAAUGUCCUUUGAACAAGUUUCAAAACCAAAUAAUGAACGACAAACAUAAAAGUGUUGGAUGUCUGCCAACAAGAGAACAGCCUGGUUCCUUGAAUUCUAAAUUGUCAUUUAACUCAACAGUGCAAGAAAAACCUAAAAUUCUUGGAACUUGGAACUCAAAUGUUGUGCAAGGUUCUGAGGAAGGACUGAACUCUGCAUCUUCUGGAUUGAACUCUACAACUUCUGAACUAAACACAGUGAAGUGUUUCAAAAGCAUUGGCCCUUUGGAUUGUUUCCGUCAGGAUGGCACUGAAAGAGAAUCCAGACAUGCUUCAGAGGAAGAAUGUGAUGCUCUGCUUGGCAUUUUUGAUGGCAUAUUUUAAAUUCCAUGUACUUGUGGUACAAUGAACAUAUUGGCAAUCCAACAACAAAUUGCAAAUGUUCUCAGUUUGCUAACUGUUUGGUUACAUUGUGCCAGCUCGAAAAUGAUUUACAAACGGUAUAUAAAUGACAAUUUUUGUAUGAAUAUUUUGCUCAUUAUAAUAGAAAUUGGUUUUAUUUGAUGUUUGAAGCAAGUCACUAAGUAUGAUCCAUCUGAACUGAUGUCCUAGGAUUCUAGUGGACAAUGUUAAAAUAUCUACACAUUCUCUCCUUGUCAUUUAAACAGAGAUGUUAAUCUUGAUUGUUUUGCUACAUUAGGACUUCUAAUAAAAUAGCACUGUAUGAAGAUGUUAAGUGUUUUCUGGUAUUCCAUGUUUGAAUUUCAGAGCUGAACCAAUAUGAUUUGCUGUCAAGCAAUGCGAUUAUAUUUCUUUACAAUUAAAAAUGGUCUCAGCUCUGUUUUGUAAAUGACCAACUUUAAAAUAAAUAUCUAAUACAAUAACAGAACUGUUGGAAAUACUUAGCAUGGGAGGACAGGAAAGGCAGGAAAGAUGUAAUCCUGCAAACCACUGUAUCACAGACCUUCCCAUUUUUAAUGCUACUUCCCUCCCCUUCCUUUCCCUGACAGUUGCAGCUCUUUCCAGUCCUUAUGAAAGAUCAAUGACCUGAACGUCAACUCUAUUUCUU